AUGAUGAACUCAACUGCUGGUGGCUAUCCCUACACCCUUAAUGCGGAUCAGCACGGUUUUGAGCACAACGCGAUGCUAGCACACCAGACAAGCCUGUACGCCUUCCACCAGCCCCACAGCCACCACCAGACCUUCAGUUCAUCCAAUUCCUCGGCCACAACGAAUGCCUUUGAUAAAGACAUCGCUUCCACCCCUUCUCCUCUUCCUCCUCCUCCUCAUCCCAAUCGCCUAGGAUUUAAUCAAUGCGACCAUCAGGCCAGUGUUCUGCAGUGCGCUUCGGUGAGAAGCCAAAAAACGGCACCAGGGCGUGAGAAAGGGAGGCUGAUUCAUGCAUACGCACACCAAAUUUCGACUACAGAGGCUGAAGGGAAUGCAAUAGUCGUCUGUGCUUUCGCAACCUACUUUGUGCUGAUGGCGUAUUCCAAAGUCACGUUUGACGACGUGGCGGUGGUGGUGAGGGGCCGUGGUGGGAGGUUAUGGUCCCAGGUGUGGGUCGCCCCACCACCGCCUCAAAAACCCACGUGUGGCUUGGAGGGUGUUGGGGCACUGCAAAUCGAAUUGUCCUCGCAUUACUCACGCCGUCCAGGUGUGCUAAAUGGGACAAAAUCCACUCGAUUCCCCACCCCCACCCCCCGCAGCCGCAAUCCCCGACACAAUUGGACGCUCAGACCGUCAAGGGGUGAACUCGAGAAGUGA